AUGGCCAAAGAAAAGUACGAUCCCACCGAUCCACGGAGGAUGUACACAAUUAUGUCCUCAGAAGAAGCAGCCAAUGGGAAAAAAUCACACUGGGCAGAGUUGGAAAUAACUGGGAAAGUAAGAAGUCUAAGUUCAUCCUUGUGGUCACUGACCCACUUGACAGCAUUGCAUCUCAGUGACAACUCCUUAUCCCGUAUUCCUUCAGACAUUGCCAAGCUUCACAAUCUAGUGUAUUUGGACCUGUCCUCUAAUAAAAUCCGCAGUUUACCAGCAGAGCUCGGAAACAUGGUGUCACUCAGGGAACUCCAUUUAAAUAACAACCUGUUACGAGUUCUACCAUUUGAACUGGGAAAACUGUUUCAGUUACAGACAUUGGGUUUGAAAGGAAACCCACUUACACAGGAUAUUCUAAAUCUCUAUCAGGAACCAGAUGGAACAAGAAGGCUACUGAAUUAUUUGCUCGAUAACUUGGCAGGUACUGCAAAAAGAAUUUCAACAGAACAACCACCUCCCAGAUCUUGGAUUAUGUUGCAAGAACCAGAUCGAACAAGACCAACAGCUCUGUUUUCUGUCAUGUGUUACAACGUCCUCUGUGAUAAAUACGCUACUCGGCAGCUAUAUGGCUAUUGCCCGUCAUGGGCGUUGAACUGGGAAUACAGGAAAAAGGCUAUUAUGCAGGAAAUCUUAAGCUGCAAUGCUGACAUCAUAAGCCUUCAGGAGGUUGAAACUGAACAGUACUACAGUUUUUUCCUGGCAGAACUGAAGGAGCGUGGUUAUAAUGGUUUCUUCAGUCCAAAAUCUAGAGCUAGGACAAUGUCAGAACAAGAAAGAAAACAUGUUGAUGGCUGUGCAAUAUUUUUCAAGACUGAAAAGUUCACCUUGGUUCAGAAGCAUACUGUUGAAUUCAAUCAGUUGGCUAUGGCAAACUCAGAGGGGUCUGAAGCAAUGCUGAACAGAGUGAUGACAAAAGACAACAUUGGAGUUGCUGUGUUGCUGGAGCUACGUAAGGAGUUAAUAGAAAUGUCAUCUGGCAAACCACACCCUGGAAUGGACAAACAGCUGGUCCUUGUAGCAAAUGCACACAUGCAUUGGGACCCAGAGUAUUCUGAUGUGAAGCUGGUUCAGACCAUGAUGUUCCUUUCUGAGGUCAAGAACAUCAUUGACAAAGCCUCUCGUAAUCUCAAGAGUGGUGUUUCAGGAGAACAUACAACUAUUCCACUUGUACUGUGUGCUGAUCUGAAUUCUCUGCCAGACUCUGGUGUAGUAGAAUAUUUGAGCACUGGUGGAGUGGAAACAAACCAUAAAGAUUUUAAGGAACUGAGAUACAAUGAAAGUCUCACUAACUUCAGUUGUAAUGGGAAAAAUGGAACCACCAAUGGAAGGAUUACCCAUGGUUUCAAGUUAAAGAGUGCCUAUGAGAAUGGCCUAAUGCCUUAUACAAAUUACACAUUUGAUUUCAAGGGUAUUAUUGACUACAUCUUCUAUUCUAAACCUCAGCUGAACAUUCUUGGCAUCUUGGGACCUUUGGAUCAUCAUUGGUUAAUAGAGAACAAUAUAAGUGGAUGUCCACAUCCACUCAUCCCUUCUGACCACUUCUCACUUUUUGCACAACUGGAGCUGGUGCUGCCUUUCCUGUCCCCGGUAAACGGAAUCCAUCUGCCCAACAGGAGGUAGUCAAGUACAUUUUAGAGGGCAACCUCAAACUUAUUUGUAAAAUUGUAAAAUCUGAAUAUAGAGGAGUGAGGUAUGGCCAACAGGGAUCUUUCUUAAUGAUCUUAAUUUUAAAUCUAGUUAUUUGAUAAAGAAAUAGUAAAAGCCAGGUGCUAUCAGACACACAAUUCUGAGCCCAACAUGCUUUGUAUACUGUUAGACAGGGAUUGGUGCAUUUGCGCCUUUCUUAGAUUUGUUACAAGUAAUCUUGUUUGUUCUAUCCGAUAUAAUAUUUCAUGCCUUGAAAAUAGGGAAUUACUAUAAUAAAUUCUCUUUGCACAGAUAUCUGUAGCACUACUUUUUUGAGGCCAGUAGUAAACAUCAAAAGACCAUUCUUCCAUACUUC